UAGGAUGAUGGUGGAGCGUGUCGAGGAUCACCUCUUCAUGUAUCGACGCCCUGUCUACCGCGUCUUUCAAUACCUCGAAACUACCGACCAUGAGGGGAUGAGUACUGGAGCAGGAGAUGGAGGUGCAGGCAGUGUAGGAGGUGUUCAGAACAGCGGUGGUGGCAGGAACACUCCGCCGCAUGGCUCCCCUACCCCCAUGGAUAAGGCGACUUUAAAAGUCCAUCUUCCCAACGGUGGUUUUAAUGUCGUCAAAUUCGGUGAUGCGAUCGACGUUAGAGGUAUCAUCUCUUUGGUAACUAGUCGAUUAGCUGUUGGUACUAGACAUUAUCGAAAUCUGUACGCAAUGAGGCUGCACCAUCCCGGAUCCGGAGAGAGUUAUUGGUUGCAUCAGGAUACAACGAUGUAUCAGGUACAAGAAAAGUAUGAACGAAAGCAUCCACAUUGCGAAUGGAGGUACGAGCUCCGAGUACGUUAUCUUCCUCAGAACUUGAAUGAUCUUUACGAGAAGGAUAAAGUCACAUUUUACUAUUAUUACGAUCAGGUGCGAAACGAUUACCUGCUUGCUAACCAUUCUACACUGGAUCAGGACCUAGAGAUCCGUUAUUUUUUCAAGGAUAUGCCGCAAAUUGCUCUGGACAAGAAGAGCAAUUUGGAAUACUUAGAGCGUGAGGUCGGUUUACACAAAUUCCUGCCGCGUUCCGUGCUGAAUGGGAUGAAACCAAAAGCGCUCCGAAAACUAAUACAGCAACACUUUAAAAAAGUCGCAGCAUUGUCCGAACUGGAGUGCAUGUUCAAAUUUUUUGAUCUGCUACGGGCGCACUAUCGAUUUGAUCAGGAAAGAUUUAUAUGCGCAUUAGGGUCAAGCUGGUCAAUACCUGUAGAACUAGUCAUUGGACCGGACUUGGGUAUAUCUUACAUGGCUCAUCGAGGCGGAACAGUGUCAUUGUGGAAUAGAAAAGCUGGAUCAUGGAAGAAUUAUCCUUGUCCAUGCAAAGAUGCACAGCCGCCAAAAUAUAGGCAGGAUGAUGCUAGCAGUCCAGCGGAGAAGAACUCGAGUAAAACUGGAACAAUCUUGUCCGAAGAUUAUGCGGAGAUCGUCGACGAAGAAGGAGAUUAUUCGACGCCAGCUACUCGAGACUAUGAGAUAGUUCGAAAUCAAGUAGAAUUAGGCGAAAUCAUAGGGGAAGGACAAUUUGGUAAUGUUCAUAAGGGAUCAUAUAAAGGCAGAGAUGAUCAAACCGUCGCUGUUGCUGUCAAGACUUGUAAGGUUGAUGCAGAUCUUGCUACUGCUGAGAAAUUCCUCGAAGAAGCUUGUACGGAAAUUCAAUAAAUUAUAUAUUCAUUAUAAUAAAAUAAAGUAUAUAAACAUAUAUUUUCGAGAUAAUAAAUUCAAAUUUUAGAUAUUAUGCAGCAGUUUGAGCAUCCGCAUAUUAUCAGAUUGAUCGGAGUUUGUUCAGAAGCACCGAUUUGGCUUGUAAUGGAAUUAGCCAGACUCGGAGAAAUGCGUGCUUAUCUCCAAUCUAAUAAACAUCGUCUGGACCUUGCCACACUUCUACUGUAUACUUUCCAAUUGAGCACUGCCCUUUCAUAUCUCGAAAGCAAGAAAUUUGUGCACAGAGAUAUCGCUGCAAGAAACGUGCUAGUUUCAUCGCAUAGUUGCGUUAAAUUGGCAGAUUUUGGCCUUAGUAGAUGGGUCGAAGAUCAAAGUUAUUAUACCGCGAGCAAAUGUAAGCUACCAAUUAAAUGGAUGGCGCCGGAAAGUAUAAAUUUCCGAAGAUUUACUACUUCAUCUGAUGUUUGGAUGUUCGGUGUAUGUAUAUGGGAAAUUUUGAUGCUAGGCGUAAAACCAUUCCAAGGCGUGAAAAAUAACGAAGUAAUACGCAAGUUGGAGAACGGAGAGAGACUCGCACUUCCCAAUCAUUGCCCGCCGCGAUUAUACUCUUUAAUGUCUCAAUGUUGGAGCUACGAACCUAGUAAGAGACCGACGUUUAAAGAAAUUAGAGAAACUUUACAUGAGAUUUUGCUAGAAGAGAAACAUCAGCAGCAAGAAACGAUGAGACGAGAAAACAGAAGAGUUCAAGCCAUGUCUUGGGGUGCAGACGAUGUGCCGCCACCGAAACCCUCCCGGCAACCACAAAAUACGACGGAGCAAUUAGCGGCACCAUCCACGUACAUCGUAGCGCAAAGUCCCGAGGUUCUCACGCAACUUCUCAAGGACAACCAAGCCAGAGGGGUAUGUCCCUCCGUGUACACAACACCCGCAUCUCCCUUCAACACCCUGGCGGUCCAAUUUCAGGAUGAGGAUCAAGUUCUAACAACCGCCGUUGUGUCCGAUUUACCCUUCUUUGAUCCCGUGCUUUCCGAACCGCCAUCCAUCACAACUCAGUCGGGUGAUUCCACCCUGUCUGACAUCAACUUAGACUCCCUUGAUUCCUCGGAUAACACUCCCCUCAUGUCGAGCCUGAGCAUUUCAGACACGGCAGUGCAGACGCAGUCGCCCGCCGCCAACCGAAAGCAGCAGAAGGUUAAAGAGAUGCAAAACUUGUAUGCGGUUAGCUCGAAGGUGGUUGGUAGCAUCACGGGGGACCUGUACUCCCCCGUGCAGAAAUUCUCCGUGUCCAGCACCGUUCCGUCGCCACCCGCGACCGCGUCGGUCGUGUCAGCCGCGGUCGCGGGCAACACCUGUGGCGAGAUAUAUGGACCGGUCACUAGUUUCACCCAGAGCUCAGCUAUCGUUGGUAAUCUCAGUCAAAGCGCUGGUUUAGGUGGUAAUUACAAUGAGGAUUUCGAAAAUUUUGAUCCUAGUAGUUUGGGCAGCAGUAUUAUAAUACCGAAUAGUAGCAGCCAGGCGCAGUUUGUUGCGAGUGGUUCGCAUGCUCUCAAUCAGUCAAUUAAUUACGGUAACUUCACAACUAGUAAUAACAUGAGCCAAGUAUUUGGUGGCGGUCAAUCUACGAAUCAGAAUGUUAGCGGUGUGCAGAGUGUUGGCGAUAGUAUUAGUAGUAGCGGUGGUGGUAGUAGUGGCGUUGUUUAUUCUCGUAAUAUUAGCUUGGCGAAUGUAGGUAGUUCCACAUCAAAUUCAGAAUGUUUGUAUGGUCCGGUACUCAAGUUCCGUGCACAAAACGCCCAACCACAGUUGGCCGUAGCUGCAACUGUGACCGCGACUGAAUUGAAACCCGUCGGCGCGGUAGGACAUUACGGACAAGCCGGAAGAAGUAAUCUAGUAGUGCAGAAUCUACAGUCGCAGCCAAUAUAUUCACAGAAUUAUCCGCAUCAGCAGAUUUAUUCGAAUAUCGCUCAAACGGGACAACAGUCCAUGUAUCUGUUGCAAAUGCCUCACAUGCAAAUGCCGCAGAAUAUCACGCGGCAGAAUGUCGUUUCCCAGGCGGUGUCUUACGCGAUGCAACACACAAACCAACAGUCUCAAUUAAGCGGUGCCAAUCCUAUUUACACGGCCCAUGCUACGUCCGUGUCGGUGGUCCAAGCUCAGAAGGUGCACAUGCCAAAUUAUACUCACCAAGCUCAGUCCGGAAUUAGUUGUCAGCCAGUGACUUGUCAAGUAACCGGCACGAAUCAUUCAGCGAACAUUGGAAUAAUGCAAGCUUCCUCUGUUCCAUCACACUCUGUUAUGUCAUCCUCGGCGACUCAGCAAAACAUCCAUUCAAUUCCAUCCGCGUACAUGGUAGAUCAACAGCAAUCAAGUUUCCUCGGUCCAGUUGAUUAUCAAGUGCACGCUAACAUCGGCAAUGUAAUGACAAGCCUGACGGGUGCGCAUCAGCAACAAAUAGCGCAAUCUCAGAUGGCUAGCGGCAUCGCGAAGGCCGCAAAUAUAUCACAAGUCGUAACGGGCAUCGCCAAAAUCACCACCUUCGUGACACCACAAAAGCAGGAUGAGCAGUUGACAAGCUCGACCGAUGGCACUCUCUCUGGCUCUUUGAUCUCUUCUGCUGUCAGCGACAGCACCGUGUCAUCUAGCAGCUCGAUGACAGAGGAGGCACAACAAGAUCAGAGGAACAUCCAUUCACAACUAUUCGAUAACCUAACUGACAAUUUCAAUAGCGGCAUUGAUGACGAACAAAAACUACUGGAGCAACGGUUAUUGGAACAACAACGACAAUCUGAAGAGGAUAGCCGGUGGCUCGCAAGAGAAGAAAAACGUUUAUCGAUUGCUACGAGUGGUGAUGAAAGUGCUAGUCCCACGAUUCCACGAUCAGUUACUCAAUCACCGAGCCACGAACCGCAUACUGGCUCUCUUGGCUCGGAUAAGAAUUCCGAUAAAGUCAUUGUAGUAAAGAAAAUGGAACCUACACCUACAGCAGAUUUAGACAGAACUAACGAUAAAGUAUACGACUGCACAACAAGCGUUGUUCGUGCAGUUAUGUCAUUAUCGCAAGGUGUUCAACAGAGUAAGGCUGAUCAGUAUUUAGAAUUAGUACGUAGAGUAGGUAUUGAAUUAAGAGCAUUAUUAUCCUCUGUGGAUGUUUUGGUAGAAAUUUUACCAAUAUCCGCGCAUCGUGAAGUAGAAAUGGCGCAUAAGGUAUUAAGUAAAGAUAUGGCAGAACUUGUGUCUGCCAUGAAACUGGCACAAAGUUACAGUGCCACUACAUUGGAUGCUGAAUAUCGGAAAGGAAUGCUUUCUGCAGCUCAUAUCUUAGCCAUGGAUGCAAAGAAUCUUUUAGACGUAAUCGAUUCCAUCCGUAUUCGUUAUCCAUAUGUAGAUAGUCAGAUUUGCCAAAGGCAGAGCAAUGUUGUUAACAGAACACGAGAAUCCACACCCGAGAAUCGCAUUCGUUCGAGUCAAUCAGGCGAACAAUUUCUAAGGAGAAGUCAGUCGACCGAACGACAAGGAACGACCUUUAGACAAAGUCAAAGUGGUGAUUUAUUACACAGAAUGGGUCAAUCUGUGGACCGAUCUUUGCCGGGAAGUCAAUCCGACUUCAAUUCCGGCAAUAGCUUAGAAAGAAGACACAAUACAGUUACCAAUAGCCUUGAACGUAACUCAACAGCGAGAAGACAAAUGGCCACUAACAGUUUAGAAAGAAAAAGACCCUCAUUAGCAUGUAAUGUAGGGCCUAUAAAUAAUUCUGUUAAUUGUUUGCCUAUGGUGCCAGUCACUUACAAUUUGGUUCAGACUGCGAGUCCCGUCAUACAUCCAAGUCAAUCGAUUACAACGGGUGUUAAUCAACAGACAGUGUUUACGACCAACAGUAAAGUUACAAGUGAGACUUCGAUAAAUGACACCGCGGUCGCGGGCAACACCUGUGGCGAGAUAUAUGGACCGGUCACUAGUUUCACCCAGAGCUCAGCUAUCGUUGGUAAUCUCAGUCAAAGCGCUGGUUUAGGUGGUAAUUACAAUGAGGAUUUCGAAAAUUUUGAUCCUAGUAGUUUGGGCAGCAGUAUUAUAAUACCGAAUAGUAGCAGCCAGGCGCAGUUUGUUGCGAGUGGUUCGCAUGCUCUCAAUCAGUCAAUUAAUUACGGUAACUUCACAACUAGUAAUAACAUGAGCCAAGUAUUUGGUGGCGGUCAAUCUACGAAUCAGAAUGUUAGCGGUGUGCAGAGUGUUGGCGAUAGUAUUAGUAGUAGCGGUGGUGGUAGUAGUGGCGUUGUUUAUUCUCGUAAUAUUAGCUUGGCGAAUGUAGGUAGUUCCACAUCAAAUUCAGAAUGUUUGUAUGGUCCGGUACUCAAGUUCCGUGCACAAAACGCCCAACCACAGUUGGCCGUAGCUGCAACUGUGACCGCGACUGAAUUGAAACCCGUCGGCGCGGUAGGACAUUACGGACAAGCCGGAAGAAGUAAUCUAGUAGUGCAGAAUCUACAGUCGCAGCCAAUAUAUUCACAGAAUUAUCCGCAUCAGCAGAUUUAUUCGAAUAUCGCUCAAACGGGACAACAGUCCAUGUAUCUGUUGCAAAUGCCUCACAUGCAAAUGCCGCAGAAUAUCACGCGGCAGAAUGUCGUUUCCCAGGCGGUGUCUUACGCGAUGCAACACACAAACCAACAGUCUCAAUUAAGCGGUGCCAAUCCUAUUUACACGGCCCAUGCUACGUCCGUGUCGGUGGUCCAAGCUCAGAAGGUGCACAUGCCAAAUUAUACUCACCAAGCUCAGUCCGGAAUUAGUUGUCAGCCAGUGACUUGUCAAGUAACCGGCACGAAUCAUUCAGCGAACAUUGGAAUAAUGCAAGCUUCCUCUGUUCCAUCACACUCUGUUAUGUCAUCCUCGGCGACUCAGCAAAACAUCCAUUCAAUUCCAUCCGCGUACAUGGUAGAUCAACAGCAAUCAAGUUUCCUCGGUCCAGUUGAUUAUCAAGUGCACGCUAACAUCGGCAAUGUAAUGACAAGCCUGACGGGUGCGCAUCAGCAACAAAUAGCGCAAUCUCAGAUGGCUAGCGGCAUCGCGAAGGCCGCAAAUAUAUCACAAGUCGUAACGGGCAUCGCCAAAAUCACCACCUUCGUGACACCACAAAAGCAGGAUGAGCAGUUGACAAGCUCGACCGAUGGCACUCUCUCUGGCUCUUUGAUCUCUUCUGCUGUCAGCGACAGCACCGUGUCAUCUAGCAGCUCGAUGACAGAGGAGGCACAACAAGAUCAGAGGAACAUCCAUUCACAACUAUUCGAUAACCUAACUGACAAUUUCAAUAGCGGCAUUGAUGACGAACAAAAACUACUGGAGCAACGGUUAUUGGAACAACAACGACAAUCUGAAGAGGAUAGCCGGUGGCUCGCAAGAGAAGAAAAACGUUUAUCGAUUGCUACGAGUGGUGAUGAAAGUGCUAGUCCCACGAUUCCACGAUCAGUUACUCAAUCACCGAGCCACGAACCGCAUACUGGCUCUCUUGGCUCGGAUAAGAAUUCCGAUAAAGUCAUUGUAGUAAAGAAAAUGGAACCUACACCUACAGCAGAUUUAGACAGAACUAACGAUAAAGUAUACGACUGCACAACAAGCGUUGUUCGUGCAGUUAUGUCAUUAUCGCAAGGUGUUCAACAGAGUAAGGCUGAUCAGUAUUUAGAAUUAGUACGUAGAGUAGGUAUUGAAUUAAGAGCAUUAUUAUCCUCUGUGGAUGUUUUGGUAGAAAUUUUACCAAUAUCCGCGCAUCGUGAAGUAGAAAUGGCGCAUAAGGUAUUAAGUAAAGAUAUGGCAGAACUUGUGUCUGCCAUGAAACUGGCACAAAGUUACAGUGCCACUACAUUGGAUGCUGAAUAUCGGAAAGGAAUGCUUUCUGCAGCUCAUAUCUUAGCCAUGGAUGCAAAGAAUCUUUUAGACGUAAUCGAUUCCAUCCGUAUUCGUUAUCCAUAUGUAGAUAGUCAGAUUUGCCAAAGGCAGAGCAAUGUUGUUAACAGAACACGAGAAUCCACACCCGAGAAUCGCAUUCGUUCGAGUCAAUCAGGCGAACAAUUUCUAAGGAGAAGUCAGUCGACCGAACGACAAGGAACGACCUUUAGACAAAGUCAAAGUGGUGAUUUAUUACACAGAAUGGGUCAAUCUGUGGACCGAUCUUUGCCGGGAAGUCAAUCCGACUUCAAUUCCGGCAAUAGCUUAGAAAGAAGACACAAUACAGUUACCAAUAGCCUUGAACGUAACUCAACAGCGAGAAGACAAAUGGCCACUAACAGUUUAGAAAGAAAAAGACCCUCAUUAGCAUGUAAUGUAGGGCCUAUAAAUAAUUCUGUUAAUUGUUUGCCUAUGGUGCCAGUCACUUACAAUUUGGUUCAGACUGCGAGUCCCGUCAUACAUCCAAGUCAAUCGAUUACAACGGGUGUUAAUCAACAGACAGUGUUUACGACCAACAGUAAAGUUACAAGUGAGACUUCGAUAAAUGACAGCUAACAACGAGACGUCUUGAAUUAAGGACUUUGAAUCAUUGCUUGCAAUUAGUAUGUAUAUAAGUAGACGAUAUACUACCAAGUUACCCGUGUUACACAUCUACACUUCAAUAUUUUAACAACGGGAAAUCUAGGGUACGUUCCACUUAACGUUCGCAACACUCUCGUGCAUCAUUUCAUCCUUGUUUAAUUUAAUAAUAACAAAGAUGAAAUAAUACUCGCGAGCGUUAUGAAUUGGAAUGCACUCCUAGUAUUUGUGCUUUUUAGCUCUUUUUAACAUUUAAAUAUUGACAUUUUAUCUAAGCGUACUUAUAGAUAGGAUAGUAUUCGUUAAUUAUAAGAGUAGGAAGUUUAUCACUACAGAAUUUUAGUCACAGCUAUAAUGAAAUCAUAACUCCAAAGGAUUUAAGAUUAUCGUUACUAUUUGUUAUCUAAUGAUGGCAUAUACGAAAUGACGCAAAGUUACAUUGUCCCAUAAAGAUAAGAGUAUACACUAUUAAUUUUAUUAUGAUAACAUUAAUAUUGACAUUAUUAAAUGAGAUAUAAAGGUCUCAGAUUUAUUCACGCUAUUCGUAUUUAUUCUGACAUUGCACAUGAUAUCGCAAAAUUUCUUGAUUUUAUCUGCGUCAUCUCGUAUAAUUA